AUGAACCAGCAUUCUGAUACCAGACGACUUGUUUACGAGUAUGGAGAGAGAGAGAUGAGUAAAGACAGGAAGCUGUGCGGUUUACUGAACGAGAUGCGAUUGGACGGGUCGCUGUGUGACGCGGUGCUCAGAGUGGACGAGGUGGACUUCAAGGUCCACAAGAACAUCCUCUCGGCGUACAGCCCGUAUUUCAGGUAUCUAUUCAGAAGAUGUAGAAAUCUGGAUCAGAGAGUGUACAACAUCACUGGUGUAUCUCCAGAAAUCAUGGCUCUUAUGAUCCACUACAUGUACACGCAAGACAUUCAAGUCACCACCGAUAAAGUGGAGACUCUCUUGGAUGCAGCCAAUCACCUGCUCAUCCAUGACCUUGCACUGAGCUGCUGUGAAUUCCUAAAGGAUCAUCUAAACCCAGAUAACUGCGUAAGGAUUUGGCAGUACGCUGACGCUAAUGCAUACUACAAGCUGCAGGAUCAGGCCUACAUGUACACGUUGCAUCACUUCGAGGACGUAGUUUUUUCACAGUCUGGAAAAUUCCUAGAGCUGACCGUGGAGAAGCUCAGUGACAUCCUGGAGAAGGAUGAGCUGAACAUCAAGGAGGAGAAAACAGCCUUCCAAGCUGUAUUCCUGUGGAUCAGGCAUGAACCCAAGGUCCAAAAGCAGCAAAUCGUGAACCUGCUGCCGAAGGUGAGUGUCAGGAAUACUUCCUGGAAAAUAACCCUAACCCUAACCCUAGGUUUGGUGUAUGUUAUUGGUGGCUCUGACAUCAUGGAGUACUUUAACUCCACGUGCACAUUCAAUCCUUUGGAUGGAAGGUGGAACGAUGUGGCACCCAUGCAUUCGCCCCGUAGAUAUGUUAGCGUUACCGUGCUGGACGGAUUCAUCUAUGCCAUUGGAGGCUUUGAUGGCACCAUGAGUCUUAACACAGCUGAGUGUUAUCAACCAAGCACCAACCAAUGGAGCCUCAUCCCAUCGAUGAACGAGCAGCGAAGUGACGCCAGCGCUGCCACUUUAAAUGGCAAGAUCUACAUCUGUGGAGGUUGCAAUGGAAAUGAGUGUCAUUUCACGGUUGAGUGUUUUGACCCUUAUUCUAAUCAGUGGACUCUGAUUGAGCCGAUGCACAUGCCCAGGAGUGGCCUAGGUGUCAUUGCGCUGAACAACCAAUUGUUUGCUAUCGGAGGUUUUGAUGGAGUCACUCCGAUGCAGAGCAUCGAGGCCUUUAACCCUCGUACCAACUCCUGGAGGAUUCUUUCCCCCAUGUUUAACCCACGCAGCAACUUUGGCAUCGAGGGGAUGGAUGGUCGCUUGUAUGUGAUUGGUGGCUGUAAUGAUGAAGGCACAACCUCCAGGUGCAAGUACUACGAUGUGUAUAAAGAUGAGUGGUUCAAGAUCCAGAACAUGAACAGUUGCCACAGUGCGGUCAGCUGCUGUGUGGUUUCUGCGCUUCCCAACGUCACAGACUACACCACAAAACGUGAUCUUUUUCUCUAGAUGCACAGCUUUUAUUAUCAAAUAUUUAAGCACAACUCAUUUCAACUCACACAGAAAAUCUGUCUGUAGUUCUUUCUUCAUCUGUCUUCAAAUUUGCUUCUCAUAUAGAAUCGUUUGUAUUAUUUUAUUGCCAGGUAUUGUGAAUGGAUUUAUUAAUUAAUUGCCUAUUUAUUGACAUAUUGUAAGGAUUUAAACUCUGUCAUUUAAAACAUUUAUUUGAUUGUUUUAAUCAUCUGCCUAAUUCACCUAUGUUUAUGACACAAUAGUCUGUUAUCAGAAAUCUGUGUAUAAAUAUUCAGGGAUAACAAUGUUUUUUAUUUAUUUAUUGCAUCUUUGGGAGCUCAGAGUUCAUAUUUAUAUACAGAACAAAUCAGUCAGAUUAUGUAUGAAGUAUUUCAUGUAAGAGUGAUGAGCGAAAGGUACGAAAAGUAAAAAAAAUCUAUUUCUAUAAUUGUAUAUAACGUUCAUUACAGGAAAUGUAACUCGAACUUUAAAACUACUCAGGUGUGUCAAUGAAUAUUAAAUGUUUUAAAAUGAAUAUACAUGAAUAUAACAGUGCAUUGAUAGAAGCAGGAUCUGUUCUCAUUGUAUUUUUUUUUCCAAAAAAUAAAAAAAAAAUCAUAAUGUGCUGGGUG